AUGGCGCAAUUAGAUCCAGCAAUCUACACUAUUGCGUGGAUUGCACCUCGUGAGAUCGAGGCUGUAUCCGCCCUGCAUUUGCUCGAUAACUCACACCGUGGCCGCUUUUCUCUCGGUCGCGGGGAUGAUUACGUGUUUCACGCCGGUGAUGUCUGCGGACACAAUGUCGUCAUCGCAACUUUACCAGCUGGUCAGGAAUAUGGUACAGGGUCAGCCGCUGCCUUGGCCGCUCAAGUCAAGAAGUUUUUCCCUAACCUUUGGUUUGGCUUACUUGUUGGUGUCGCCGCUGGAUUACCCCUUCUCUCUGGACCUGGACCUGAACAACGCGAUAUCCGCCUGGGCGACGUAUUAGUCGCCCUUCCCGGAAGUGACAGCGCAGGUUUAUUCGCAUACGACCUGGGGAAAGAAGACGCCGCCAAAGGAUUUCAACCCUUACGAUCUGGACAUGUCCUUGCUGUAACUGAGACUGUCGUCAGAUCGGCCAUCGGGAGCAUUAAAAUCCACGCGCCAAAUGACACAGCCUUUUUUCUUCCCUUUUACCAUGAUAUAAAGCAUAGAGAGCAUGCGACUGGAAACUUCAUCGACCCUGGUCAGGAUAAGGACGUCUUCUAUGACAUGAACGAGCAAGGAUUGUACAGCCUCAUUGAGCGAGAACUGCGGCCGGACUCGAGACGUACUCGGGUCUGGUAUGGACCAAUAGCCUCCGGAGAGAAGCUAAUGAAGAACGCAGCGAAGCGCAAUGAACUAAGGGAUCGGUAUAGAGUCGUCGGCAUUGAGAUGGAGGCUGCUGGGACGAUGAAUCGCAUACCUGUGGGCGUCAUCCGCGGCGUAUGUGAUUAUGGAGAUGAGCGAAAGAACAACGAAUGGCAACCAUACGCAGCAGCCAUGGCUGGAGCGUAUGCCAAAGCAGUGUUGGCACAAAUUGGACCCAAGAUGUGCCUGUCUGCGGCUGUGUCCGAACCCAGUCAGAGUGGUCCUGCCAUGAUGAGAGACUUGGCCCAGCCGAGUACGAAAAGUGACGGAUAUUCGGACGAGCCAUCCAGGAACGAGUAUUUCGAGACGCCACAAUCAGUCACCAGCCUCUUCACUGGCCGACAAAAUUUGCUUGAUGAUCUGUCCGGUACCUUUAUUCAGUCAGGAGCUGCCAAAGCUGAGACACAGCGCCGCUUUGUCAUCUACGGAUUGGGUGGUGCAGGGAAGACUCAAUUCUGCUGCAAGUUUGCCGAAGAAAAUCGCGACAGGUUCUGGGGAGUAUUUUGGAUCGACGCCGGCUCUGAAGAGAGAGUCAAAGAUGGCCUUAAACACAUAGCAGCUCUAGCCCUUCUACCUCGACACGCGAACGCUGCUCUGCAUUGGCUCUCGAAAGCAGACAAGAAAUGGCUUCUUAUUAUCGAUAAUGCCAAUGACUCUAGAAUACCCUUGGAGAAUUAUUUUCCCAAGUCUAGACAUGGACACAUUCUCAUAGCGACCCGAAAUCCGGCGCUGAAAAUACACGGGAAUACCGGACCAGAAUUUUACAAUAUCAGCGUCAUGGGUGCCAAGGAGGCGAAGAGCCUACUGCUGCGGUCUUCCGGCCUGCCUGCACCAUGGUGCAGGCUCGUGAUUCUGAGCAUGACGCACUGA